AUGGAAUCAGCAAAAGCUAAUAGGAAGGAUACUCAUCAAGAAUAUACCAAUAAACACACUGAUUACAGCCAAGUAGAACGGCAAAAGCGAAAAAAGGAAGAGGCAGAGUUGGAACUAUCGAAGAUUGAACUUGAAGAAAAGGGAGAAGAUUUUGAACGGAAAAGAGCGUGGGAUUGGACGAUUGAAGAGUCGGAAAACUGGGACAAAAAGCAGCAAGAAAAAAGCGAGCGGGUUAAAACUUCAAAAUUUUCGGACUAUACUACAGCUGCGGAGAGAGCAUAUCUGAAAGACUUACAAGAUCUACAACCAGAUAUUAAGGAUUAUAAUGAAAAGAAAAUAGAAUCCUUAAAAAGUAAGGGAAUGAUUAUUGAAGGAAAGGAUGGCGAAAUCAUUGCUUAUGAUAUGGAUGGCUCUCUUACAACAUCUCAGGACUCUCUGAGCCAAUUUUCUCACAAGCCAUCUAAAAAAGUUGUCGACAAUCUUGUAAAUCAUCUCAAGAAAGGAGACGAACAACGUAUGAAACGACGAAAGAAAAAUGACGAUGACGAGAUGGUCUCCUACAUCAACGAAAAGAACAAGCAGUUUAACCAAAAGUUAUCGCGUCACUAUGAUAAAUAUACCAAAGAUAUACGCGAUGCAUUCGAGCGUGGCACAGCGUUAUAA